UGCUGGUUUCUGCAAAAUACUUUUAAUAGUAAUUUAAAGAAAAUGACUGCUAAUUAAACAACACUGUGCAAGAUUUUAUGCAUUGGGAGAAAUGUCACAGAUUUAACAUGCAAUUAAGACUUAUUUUACAUAUUUUACUUUUUUUUUUUAAAGAUUACCUAUAGCCUAAACCUAAAAAAUGCAUGUGGCAAGUCUGCAUAUGGUGGGGUUCUACUAUAUCAAAAAAAUGCUUUAUUCAAAAAUAAUAAGUUAUUGUUGAAUUUAUUCUUAAACAAAUAUUUUAAAAAACUGUUAAAUUUAUUUUAUAUAUAUAUAUUUAACCAUUUCAAUAAAUUUUUGUUUCUUCAAUUAGUGAACCUCCUUCAGUCUUUGUUGAUAUUCCAGCUUCUUGUUUCGAAGAAUAAGAACUUUUCUAUGGAAGUGAUAAUUGCUCUUGCAUCUGGUGAUAGAAAACACAUUGUUGUUUCAACCUCUCAAAAGAAUAUGCAAGUUACACCAACAUUUGCAAAAAUACCACUUAUGUGGGAACAAAAAGGCACAUGGUUAAAUUUAUGUUUUGAUUUGGAUGUCUUGACUUCAGAUUUUUGGAAAGGACAAACUUUUAGUUUCAUUGAAUGUAUAAUUGUAAGAGCCUCCUGUCAGUUAAAGAGAAUCUUCACUUUGAAUAAAUCUUGCAUAUGUUUGCCAUCAUAUAAAUGUAAGUAUAUUUAAUUAUGUAAUGAAUAUUCAAAUGGGAAUAAAUCAAAAUAAUGAUUAGAAAAUGAAAAAAUAUUAUUUAAGAAGACAUUUAUCCAUUCG